AUGGUGCGGGAGCUCCGCGCCGACUCCUUCUACGCGCGCCUGCGCGCCGCCGCCGUCGCGGCCGCGUCGGCCGCCUCCUCGCCGCUCCUGAUCCUGCCCUCCGCCGCCGACGCCGACUCCCUCUGCGCGCUCAAGGUGCUCGCGCAGGUCCUCUCCGCCGACUCCGUCCGCUUCUCCAUCUACCCGGUCGCCUCCGCCGCCGCCGCCGCCGCGCUCCUCGCCUCCUUCUCCGCCUCCCAGCCGCUCUGCCUGCUCCUCAUCAACUGGGGCGCGCAUCGCGACCUCCGCGCCAUCCUCCCUCCCGCCUCCACCGCCUUCGUCGUCGACUCGCACCGCCCCGUCCACCUCCACAACCUCGCCGCGGCCAACGACCGCGUCGUCGUGCUCUUCACCCCCGACGACGAGCACACCGCCGACCUCUCCUACGACUUCGACGUCUCCUCCCUCGCCGACGCCUCCGACCUCGCCGCCGACGCCGACGAGCACCUCCACACCUCCGAUGCCUCCGACUCCGACUCCGACUCCGACUCCGACGCCGAGGGCGGCGGCGGCGGCGGGAGGAGGAAGAGGCGCCGCCUCUCCGACGACGCGGAGGCGGACGGCGACCCGGAGCGGCUCUUCACGAAGCUCCGCAAGCAGUACUACCGCCUCGGCACCUUCCACGGCAAACCCUCCGGGUGCCUCAUGUACGACCUCGCGCACGCGCUCCGCCGGAACACCACCGACCUCCUCUGGCUCGCCUGCGUCUCCCUCACCGACCAGUUCGUCCACGACCGCAUCACCAACGAGCGCUACCAGGCGGCCGUCAUGGAGCUGGAGCACCACAUCAACGGCUCCGGCAACCUCGACCCGUCCGGCCUCGGCUCCGUCGUCACACUCAAGGACGGGACCAAGAUCCGGGCGCCCGAGGCCUCCCGCAUCGCCUACGAGGACGAGCCCAGGCUCAUGCUGCUGCGCGAGUGGAGCCUCUUCGACUCCAUGCUCUGCUCCUCCUACGUCGCCACCAAGCUCAAGACCUGGAGCGACAACGGGCUCAAGAAGCUCAAGCUGCUCCUCGCCAGGAUGGGCUUCCCGCUCGCCGACUGCCAGAAGAGGUUCCAGUACAUGAGCAUGGAGGUCAAGCGGAAGAUGCGCGAUGAGUUCGACCGCUUCCUGCCCGAGUAUGGCCUCACCGAGUUCUACUACCGGAGCUUCAUGAGGGUGCACGGCUACAGGUCCAAGGUCUCUGCUGCAGAUGUUGUUUAUGGUGUCACAGCUCUGCUUGAAUCCCUGGAUGCCGACUCCAAGGACUCUAAGGAGUCCUGUGCUGCUGAGCAGUUUUGGGUUGCGUACUCUGCUCUCUCACUGAGCAAUGUGGAUCAGCUGCGGAAAGGAAUGCAGUCUGCAAUUGAGAUACAGAGGGCGAUACUGAGGCAGGGAAGCUCUGCAAUCACCAAGUCUGGAUUCAUACGGAGCGCAAAGAAGUUCCGCUGGGUGAAGCUUGAUGACCCAGUGGACACUGCUAAGCUGUGCCACCCUCAGGCCCUUACCAAGUUCUGCUUCUUCCUCAUGGAUGCACUCAAGGAGAGGGGUGCAAGGAUGAAGCCACUGAUCUGUGCUUGCUUAGCAAGGGAGCCUGAGAAGGUGUUGGUCAUAGGUGUAUGUGGGAAGCCAAGACUUGGGGCAGUUCAGGGGAAUGCGUUUGGUAACGCAUUUAGGUCAGCGGCAGAGGAGAUCGGCGCUGAUUAUUUCCAUGACAUGUUUGAGUCAUCAUGGAUUGUUCUUGAUGUCCUUGCUGUCAGUUCUUUCAUGAUCCGAUUAACAGAGAAGCUUUAG